AUGUUCAUAGACCAACUCACUAUUUUCUCGGCCGCAGCAGGACUGGCGAACCAUGUCUAUUUCAAGGAGAACGAGCCAAUGACGGCCCACUAUCCCAUUAUCGCACUGUUGCUCCAGCCCAUCGGAAUCGUCUUGAUCUGCUCGACACUCACUAUUUGGAAUGUGAUCUUCUCCACGGCCAUCUUCCUCACCGUUCUUUCGACGUCCAUCAUCUCCUAUCGUCUCUCUCCGUGGCAUCCACUUGCAAGCAUCCCCGGCCCGACCUUGGCGAAGGUGACCAAGCUGUGGUCGGUCCAUAUCCAACUCAGCGGUCGCAAACAUCGCAUCUUGAAGGAGCUCCACGACCAGUACGGAGAUUUCGUCCGAAUUGGCCCCAACGAUGUUUCGUGCUGCAACGCAGAGGCAAUCAAGACGGUAUAUGGAUCUGGGGGAUUCAAUAAGGGCCAUUACUAUGAGCCAUAUACCGACCCGGCUCUCAACGAGCGCAACUUGUUUAACAUGCGCGACGGUGCGCAUGCCAACCGACGCAAGCUCUGGAACCGCGGGUUAAGCACCGACUCGCUCAAGGGCUUCGAGGAGGUCAUGUCUCACCGUGUACAAACUAUGCUCGACCAGAUCGACCGCAUCGUUGAGUCGAAGAAGCCGGUCAAUAUCGCCGCAUGGUUCGGCUUCUAUGCCUUCGAUUUCAUGGGCGACAUGGCAUUCGGCGGUGGAUUCGACAUGCUGAAGGAAGGCAGCGACAAAGAUGGCGUCUUCCCGAUGCUCCAAACUGCCGUCAAGUUGACGUCCGUUUUCACACAAAUACCAUGGUUUACCCCGACGUUCAACCGCCUGCCUGGUGUGCAAGCGCUUGUCCAGAAGGCAUUCCAUUUUGCAAUGGUCAGCGGCCAGAAACGUAUUGCGGCUGGGCCGCAGGAGCUGAAAGACUUGUGGUACCAUUUGAUGGACGAAGAUGACCUCGAGAAAGUCAAGCCCACUGUCAACGAGGUGCUGGCUGACGGUAUCAUGGCCGUCAUCGCGGGGUCGGACACUGUAGCGGUGGCUCUUACCACCUUCAUGUGGUGCAUGAUAAUGCAUCCAGACAUACAUGCUCGGGUCCGCGCGGAGCUUGACGCUGUAUUCCCCGACGGUACCAGCGUUUACGACUGCGACAAGUACGACGAUCUCAAGUUAUUGAAUGCCUGUCUCCAAGAGUCCCUCCGUCUGUUCCCGCCGGUCCCAACCAACGGCGCUCGCAAGAUUCCCCUCGGCGAACCCCGCCUCGUUGCGGGUCGUCUCCUCCCGGGACAAACCCAGAUCUACAUGCCGCCAUAUGUCAUGCACCGCAACCCCAAGAACUUCUUCCCGGCACCGGACAGCUUCGACCCCGACCGCUGGCUCCGUCCCGAAUCCGGGUCCGAGAUCCUCAAUCGGACGGCAUACCUCGCGUGGUCGUAUGGCGCAGCAAAUUGCGCUGCGAAGAACCUGGCCAACCAGGAGAUGCUUAUGGCGCUCGCGGCCGUACUGAAGCGCUACGACCUGAGUUUCAUGGACGCGGAGGGGCGGAAAUGGGCGGAGAAAUCGAUUGGGGAGUAUCACAUUACGCGGGUUGGCAAGCUGGAGUUGAAUGUCGCGCGGCGCUGA